GAGCCUCGAAUCGACCAUCCGUCGUGAGACAAUCGCGGUGAAGACGCAGUGGACUGCAUGUACGCCGAAUCCGUCCGUGCCUUCUUGUUUGCGUCGAUCAUACGGACCUUUAUCAUACAUUCGCGAUCUGUAAGCGAGUACCCGAGAUUUGGUAGGCAGCAUGACUUCCACCCACCGCUCUUCGUCAAAUAAAAGGCCUCCCUAUCCCCUGACGGCAUCUACGACCCCUGGUGCGACUGCCCUGCCGAAGCACUCGCGAGUUUCAUCGCAUCUGAAGCAGAGAGGUGCACAGUCGGGGAGGAAACCCAAGGCGUCACGGAAGCAAGAACAGUCCGAACCUGACGACGACGACGACGACGAAAUGGUGAUGAGUUUUCUGAAUUUUUGUGCAAUAUGCGGAAAUCAGAUCGUCCAUCCUGACCACAGCUAUCUGUACUGCUCAGAAAAGUGCCGAAAACAGGACUGCAACUCGACAUGGAUGUCGUACGUUCACCAGUCCCCCCCAGCCUCGCCUUUUUCUACCACCGAAUUCGAGGAUAUGGCUCCAGUCCGUGACAUCGUCCCUCAGCGGUCACCUCGCGCUCCUGGGUUGGUUUCCCGCGUCUCCGAGACAUCGAUCUCAUCCGAUGAACAAGAGCAGUCGCAUGAACAAGAACGCAAGAGCCGGUCUCCAAGAAAAUCCGUCUCCCGUCAGGACUCGGAAGCAGCGCGAUAUCUCCGGCAGUUCCAAUCAUCCAGUUCAAUAGCUAGACCUCAGCCCAAUCGCUCAACCACGUCCGCAUCUCUGACGCCAUCCCUCUCCGACUCUCCUUCUUCGACCCCCGGAACCAAUGUGGCCUUCUCCUUCCCCUACCAGACAACAUCAGCCUUUAGCCCCUCCGCUCGGCCGCUACCCCCGCGCGUGAACCCCCUCUUAUCCCCGCAUACACCCAGCUAUCCACGAUCUGACCUCCUCGUGCAACCCUCUCUCUCCCUCACCUCCUCCACCGCACCCGCUCUCACCACCCGCCACUCCGCCUCCGCCGCUUCGAAAUCCUACUCAUCGACUACCACGAUUACACCUGGUCGACCCCCUUCCCAAACCCCCCCAUCCCGCUCGGUUUCCCACGCGCUGCUCCCAAGCCUCAAGACCGCACCGCUCACGAGCACGACAACCGGGAUCGACGACGACGCAGAGAUCUUCUAUCAGCGGGUACCGCUGCGAACGGGGAGAAAUGAGGCCUCGGCGGGUGCGGGGAGCUUGAAGCAGCUGUUUAGCUUCCAGCAGAUGCAGGCGGGGCCGACGCCGGUCGGUGGCACCUCGUCUCCUACGAAGAGGGGGAUUUAUGAUUGAGGACAGGGAGAUUUUUGACGAGUUUCCCCUGCAGCCAGGAAUAGUGAGAGGGGAAAAUUAGAUGGCAGUGGUAAUAUUAUUUACGCUUCUAUUUGUCGGAUUGCUUGUUGUUGGAGAGAAUAUCGUCCGGGACGAAGGCUCAUGUGGAUAAAAGUUAUGAUUGGCGGGAUAUAUUUAGGUCACAGGAUAAUCCAAUUAGAUGCGACGGCCUCGCGGCCCCAUACGCUUUAUAUAAGCACAUUGCUCAUCUGAUGCUGCGCCUGAAGCAAUUGAA